GUCAUUUAGUUGUUGACGAAAGAAAACAAAUAUUAUAAAUUCUUAUCAACAAAAUUUCAUUUUUUCCUUGAGAAACCGCAAAUUCCUGCAGUUGACGCUCUUUGAGGGGCGUAUCUGAAGAUAAGUUACCAUAUAAUUUAAAAAUGAUGGAAGUGUAGGCAGUAUCCUGGCAUUUUUAGCUGGAAUUCGCUGAAAUUUAAGUCGCAAAAAACUCAAUGUCAAAUCAUUACAAAUAUCAAUUGAUUAGUUAAUUAUUAGGUUCACAUUUCGAAUUGUAUUACCAAGAAGAAAUAAAUCAUACAAUACAAGAUGUCUCAGAUAGAUUGGAGAUACGUAAAGGAAUUGUUCUAUCAAAAAGACGAUGAACGCAAUCUCAUAUCGGCCUCCUUCCACAUGCUAACCAUCACUCUGAUAAGCAUGUCUUUAGUGGAUCUUUCAUGGUUUAACAUUACAGGCGAUGUCUGUAUUCCGUACCUAACAAUGGGGCAAUUCUUCUGGUUUGGUUACGGCAGUGAAGAAGUCAACUACUCAAUUUUUGAUUGUGUUGAUUCCACAAUUGUCAAUAUGAUGCGUAUCAUAAUAUUGUUAUGUUUUAUGGCCAUUAUAUUCGCGUUUAUGGGAUUUAUUUUGGACAUUGUCAGUCCUCGGACUCUAAUAUACAGGAUGUUUAGGAGAUACGCGGUUUCAGGUACUGCUACAAUAUUAUUUGUGAUGACAAUCAUCACAAUGUCAUAUUACGUAGUGAUACUGUUAGAGGACACUAUCGAAGAUAAAACAUCUAAAAAUUACUACGAAGUGUCCUAUGGUUUGGGAUUCUAUCUUGUUGCAUUUGCUGGAGGCGUACAAGCAGUAGGUCUGAUGUACAGCUUGAUUUUGCCAUACAAAUCGGCUUACGAGGAAGAUGACAGUUGUUUGAUCGAUGGCUUCGACGACGAAAGCCAUUUCCAGAGCCCCACACCCCCUCCUCCUUAUUCUUUGACUCCUCCUCCACCUUAUUCUCCCUGAUUUUUAUCCCACCACAAUGAUACUCCUGUUUAAUCACUCUCAUACACUACCUUCCCCAAUCUUUGUGUAUGACCCUGUACAAAAAAGUUUUUUUUAAGCUUCCCUUAGCUUGUCCUUUGUUGAACUCAGUUGAAGAGUUUGGGAUAUUAUGAGGAAACUAUAUUUUUUGCUAUUGUAUAGAGAUGAGCAGAAGAACGAUGUGAUAAAUAUUUUUACUAGUCUCUCCAACCCGAAAAAAAAUUAGGUACCUUACUUAAAUAUAACCUUAGAGAUGUUUUAAGUACUAAAAAUACUGGUAUUAUUUUUUUAUUUCUUCUGCUAUUAUAUUGUAAAGUAUGUCCAGUUAUAUAACCAAAGAAAAAUAAGUACCACUGUAAUAUAUCUACAGAUCAACAUAUCUCGCAAGUAUUUCAACAAAAGUACUUAACAGUGCGUUCUAAAAUAUUUAUAUUACCUCUACAUGUUGACCUGGUGUCUGUGUAAUUUAUACAGAGUAUAGUAUACACAACGUACUCUACUUGAUGUUGAAAAAAUCAUUUUUAGAUCUGAAAUUAUAUUAUUUUUUUUAUUACUAUUGUUUGUUACUUUGUAAAGAUAGAAAUUAGUGUGAAACUAGUUUCUUCUCGCAGAUAUUUUUAUUAAAUUAUGCUUAAAAA